GCAAAUGUAUUGUGCGGGGCGUCUAUUCUCUUUCACGAGCGAAUUCCCUCACCGAAUCUCAGAUUGUCGCCAUAGCCAAGAUGGCGUCUACCUCCAUGUCUCUCACGCGUGCGUGCAAGGUCCAUGCGGUCUUAGCGUGCUCAAUUCCUUCAGUGUCCUCCGCUUUUCUCACAACUAAUGUCACCUUUUUGGGUCAACCAGUGGAAAUGCCAUCGCAGCGGUGGUCUCAGAGAAGGUGUAGCAGGCCGGGUCCGGUGACAGUCCGAGCGGAGGAGGUGAAGGAGGUCACUCAAGCGAAGGGUCUAUCCAGGGAGAGUGGUGGGCAGUGGUUGAGCUGCACGACUCGUCAUGUGCGAAUUUAUGCUGGGUAUGUUGAUCCCGAGACGCAAGUUAUGGACCAGUCCCAGCUGGAUAAGCUUACAUUGAUGCUCGACCCGGAUAAUGAAUUCGAGUGGCCUGAGGAGAUGGUGGAGAAAGUGUAUGACAAAUACAGGGAACUCGUCGAAACCUACGCAGGUGCAGAUUUGACGGAGUACACGCUGCGGCUGAUCGGGUCCGACCUGGAGCACUACAUCCGAAAGCUGCUGCUAGCGGGGGAGCUCAAAUACAACUUGGACUGUAGGGUGCUGAACUUCAGCAUGGGUAAGCCCCGCAUCGACCCAGCGGACUUGGACGACGUCGAGGUGGAGGAGUGAGCGCCGCAGCAGCAGCAACCGUGUUGGAUGUUUACGGUGAUCGGCCAGCGAUGUGUCAGUGGAAUGUAAUCUCAUCAACAACACACACACACACACACACUGACACAUUUUUACAGACACAGAUCCACACAGACCGACCAGCUCAUUUGCAGCUUGUUAUGUGUACAUUCCUUGUCGCCGAAGCACGUUAUUCUUUUUUUGACCAUCACUCGAACUAUUGCAGAUAGGCUGUUGAAGAAAAAGCAUGGGAAUCAAUUGAGUAAUUGUAAGUAGCCUCUUUAUUUUUGGCAAGUUUUGAGUUGAAUCAUGUUGCCCCGUUUAAACAC